AUGGUUCAGGCCGUCAAAGAGCUCUAUGAACAUUAUGCCUUUCUUCUCCUGCAGAAUCUGCCUCGUGCUUCCUAUGUAUCGAUAGACCAGCAUGCGUAUCGUACAGAUACACUUUUUGAGGGCUUUAAGCUUGUGCCACCUGGCAUACACUGUUUGACGUGGCAGUCAGCUGGAUACGCAGAUGACCGACAAGAUGCGCUUGCCACAGAAGGCAUCCGCUCGGCUCUUUUUCUCUACACUAAAGAAAAAGAUGUUUUGUCACGCACAUAUGACCCCGCGUCUGACGCCUGGCUUACUCCCCCCGGCACAGAUGCCAGCACGCCAUUGCUAGUAUCUAGGGACCAUCUCCAAUCCAUGGACAAGUCGCUAGCACCCUACCCUGUCGACGACUAUGCACUAUGGCAAAGCAUGACGCGGUAUUUGCAAAAGAGUCGCGCGACGCUUGCGCGCAUUUUCCAUGUUGACGCACACACGGGCGAUGCCAUGUGCGAUUCCUUCACGUCGAUGUCUGACCGCGAAGCACGUGUGAAUGUCCAUGAUCUCCGGCACACAUAUCGCUCUCAGAUGCAGGGUAAAGCCUCUUCGCCGAUGAGCAGCGUACCCAGUCUCGCAUUCACGCCUUUUUCCCUCGCGCACAGUUGGCCUCCUGACGCACACGGCGCGGAAAGAACGCGAUGGAGUAUGGACAAGUCGUGGCUGCUGGAGGACGUCAUGUCUCGUGCAUGCGCAGCUGAACAUCACGGCUCAUCCCUUGCUCACGAGCCACUCUUGCGUGAGUUUGAGCUAUCUUUUCUUCUGUUCCGUUGCACCAACAAUGCAGCUGCCCUCGAUCACUGGGCUGCUAUCAUUUCGCUUUUUUGUCGUGCUGCCUCCUACCUUGGUGCACCCGCUCCUCAUGCAUUGCAUCCAUGCGAAUGGGAUGCGGAUCGACCGGCGUCGGCGCCUAUGGUGACAUCCUCCUCACAUCUCGAGGCUCACCUUGGAUGGCUCGAAGCGCUCGUUGCUCAAUGGCAAGCUUUGCCACCACAUAUUUGGACAGACGACUUGGCCUCGUAUGAAGCACCAAUUCUUGACGAUCUUGCCUGCCUACGUGCCAAUAUAGGACGGAGUCUGAGUGCUUGGGCUGCUAUGACGUCAAGCACGACUACAGAUCACGAGCGUUUGGUAAAUGCGUGGCGGGACCUAAGUUCCAUUUCACACGCACGCUUUGCAUGGUCGUUAGACCAACUGCUUGAUGAGGAGGUCGAAGCUGACGAUUUCGAAGAAGGUGCUGAUGCCCCCGUCAUUGUACAUAUCUAG